AUGUCCAGCUCAUCAUCCACAGCUACCGCAUGUGCGCAAGUGCUCGCAAACACCUCACCAGCAGACCAGUACAACCACCUCCGCUAUCUCAUCCUAGAGAUCCUAGCAUCAACCUACAACGUCGACAAACCCACCCUCCGCGCCACACUAACCUGGAAACCCCGAGAAAGUGAAGCAUCUCUCCCCCCAGAAGACCUCCAAACCCAUCUCGACCAACUCUCAUCCCUCGUCGCAGACACACGGCGUAAGCAGAAUCUGCACGAAUACACAUCGAAUCGACGACGAUAUGUCAUACCUGCUUGA